AUGCUAGAGCCUAAUGGCAUCCCUUUGGAUUCAGCGGCUGUCGCAUCAACAGUCCUAGAGGCAAUUCUCUAUGGAUUCUCUGUGCUCAUGUUUAUAGGAACCAUGUGGGCUUUGAUUCAUAGGCGGGGUAUGAUCGAGAUGAAUAAGAAAAUGGUAGCGGUUGCCAACUUAUUGUUAUUCUUCAGCACUACUCAUUUGAUUAUUGAUAUCGUUAGGACUGAGGAGGGAUUAGUACAGUACCGUGAUACAUUCCCUAAAGGCCCUGUAGCGUUCUUCUCAGACGUUGCACAGUGGAGUUUUGUCUACAAGAACAUGGUAUAUAUGCUACAAACUUUAGUCGGCGAUGCCGUUGUGAUCUACCGUUGUUUUGUUGUUUGGCAAUCUUUGUAUAUCAUUGCUUUGCCUAUCCUCCUGUGGUGUUCAGUCGCAUUGACUGGCAUUGGCUGCGUUUAUUCAAUAUCCCAGGCGACGGUGAACAAAGAAAACAUCUUCGCUCCAGGAACCGGCCCGUGGAUAACCGCAUUUUUAGCUUCGACACUUGCCGCAAAUCUACUGAGCACAUCUCUUUUAGCCUAUCGCAUAUGGGAUGUGACUCGGGAAGUCGGGGACGCUCGUGUUGGGCGGAGCUCUCUUUGGCCCAUCUUACGGAUUAUCUUAGACUCUGGGAUACUCUACUCAGUCUCACUUUUGGCUGCCCUGCUUUGCUUCGUCACUAAAAACCGAGGUCAUUAUGUUCUACUGGAUAUGAUUAUGCCUAUCAUAUCCAUAACAUUUUAUAUGGUCAUAAUCCGGGUCACCAUAAAGAGAACAACGUCACAGGAUAUGCAAGCUACCACUAGGCUGACUCGUGGAUUCAGUACCAAUCGUCAGUCAAUCCCCGAACGGCAACAUUAUCCGCUGAAACCCCUACAAGUUCAUAUAACACAAUUGACGGAGACCAACGAUGGAGAUGGCGACAUUUUCAAGUCCGUGUCCAACGCUGAAGAUAUAGGAUCGUCAAAGACUGCAGCAAGUGUCUCGGAUGUUGCAAUAUAUACAUGAUCCACGAUUUUACUUGAACAUGUCGACCUUGCCUUGUCUGUACUGCUCACCAAGGACGACGCCCACCUUCGCGCAGAAUCUAGGGCUUUUUCUUGAUACAAAUUCUUAGGAUCCAACGCUACUCAUUAUUUCUCUAUACCCUUUACAUAUUUUAUCUCCUACCAUCUAAAGCGUGUUAACAUACACGAAAUAUAUGCUGGGGGCGGAGUGGCCAUUUUGGGAAGCCCGACGCGACUUUGGUCGUGUUGUCGCGUUUAAUAAACAGAGCCAAAUAGCGGACGCGACGCGUAAAGUGUCGCGUUUAAAU